AUGUUUGGUAAGUUUCAUUUGUUGGUUGCACAAGAUGGAUGCAACACGGAGGGGAUUUGUCACCGUGGAGUGUGCGUAUGCAGGGAGGGGUGGAGUGGUGAUGGAUGGUUGACAGAGGUGUCUGUGUCUGAUGAGCAUAUUCUGGUAGAGUCAAGUGGAGAUGGUGCACUACUCUCUGGGUCGUUUCGUGAUUGGUGUCUGCUCGCUCAUGGGACCAGCUCGAUUGGCUUUGAUACUGUAGCUCGCAUUCUUGGUCCUAGCAUGCGUCGACCUGUCUGGCAGGGGCUCAAGCAGUUCCAGGCGGCGAUUAAUGUGUACUACAAUGCUGGAAUACUACAGCCAAUGCCAGUUACUCCUCCAUACUUUCAAUACUGGCCCGACCUCAAUGGACCAUCGGACCGUCUGGCAUGCCCGUGA